CUUAUUCGUUUCCAGCAACCAUGUCAUUGAACAAUGGAAUGAGGUCCUGUGCAAGGUUGUUGAUGUCCUCGGAAGCAUUUAUGUCAAAAUCAGCAAAGAGAGGGUUCCACUCAACCGAGGUGAAGAGAAUGGGGGGACAUGGUCACGAUGAACCUUACUAUCUGCAUGCCAAACACAUGUAUAACUUGGAUAGGAUGAAAUAUCAGAAGUUGACAAUGAGCCUUGCAGUGUUCACUGCCGUGAGCAUUGGUGUGGCUGUUCCGGUCUUUGCUGUUGUAUUCCAGCAAGGGAAAACAGCUUCUGCUUGA